ACGGCAGACCCAGUCGCCGAUAAAUAUCUCCGGCAGGUCCACGCGUUGCAACGUAGGAGUAUACAGUAGGAAAGAGCAGAGUGAGCGUGCGCUUUUUGGUCAUGGAGUGCAGCAGUGCCGUCGUGCUUCCGCUCCAGGGCGCCGGGGUUGGGCGCGUCCUCCACCUCCCCGUGCUGACGCAGCCGUUCUGGAGGAGGAGGACGACGGAGAACCGGCGCCGGCUCGCGAGUUCUGUGGCGCCGGCGAGGUGCAGCAAGAUGUACGUUCCCGGCUUUGGGGAGGGUUCACCGGAGCGGAAGGCGGCAAUUAUCCUCCAGCACUUCUUUAACUACAUCGCCGUCACGGUUGUCCUCGCACAGCUUGAGAGUUACAAUAGGGAAGCUUACUUUGAGCUAAAGGAGUUCAUCAGCCGCACCUCUCUGAAUGACGCUGAAAUUUUCUGCGAAAAGCUGAUGCGUGAGUCUCCAAGACUUAAGGGACUAGCCAUGAGGAUUCUAGAGGUCCGAUCUGGUUAUGUGAAGAACGAUUUCGAGUGGGACAAUUUAAAGAAGUUAUCGUUCAAGAUGGUAGAUGAGGCCAAUACAAAGCUCAUGAGGGAUUAUGUCGUGGAAGUUAGCCACAUUGAAGACGAAAACUAUAACAAUACAUGAUUUCUCUUGAGCCUUGCCUAUAUUAUUUUAUAGGCGACAUGUAUGUAUAUAUAGAAGAUGUACAUAUAGGUUAUGGGGCAUUAUCUUACUCUGGAAACUUUGUUUGUCGCAUAAAUGCUAAGCAUAAUGGAUCAGUAGUGCCAUGUAUGUAGAUGGAUAAUAUUACUUGAAUAAAACACCUCAUGCUUACACCA